AUGUUGAAGGGAUUUAAACUUAAAAAGGAUUCAAAUUAUGCUAAAGGAAGGAUUACGUCUGCUGACAUCAGUGGACCCACACCCGAAGGCCUAACGCACAUGAACAGACUGAGAAGCUCUUCUAAUGCUUCAAGUCGCGGUGCGAAAAACAGCAGUUCUUUAACUUCUACUUUGACAGAAGUUCCUACUAUUUUAAAGGCGUUAUAUUCGUACCAUGCGCAGUCGCCGGGCGAACUUUCGUUUAGCAAAGGCGAAUAUUUCCAGUUUAUAGGCGAAGAUGGUGAAUGGUAUGAAGUUAAUAACCCAGAGAAUGCGAAACGGGGGAUGGUUCCAAAGAAUUACUUUGAGCCUUAUUCCAAGAGCAGGGUUGUAUCUAGUCAAAGUAUUCUGGCAUCCCCACAGCAGUUACAACAACAGUUAAAAGCCGGUUCAUUGUACGCCAUUGUUCUAUACGAUUUCAAAGCGGAAAAGUCGGACGAGUUGACUGUGUUUGCAGGCGAAAAUCUAUUCAUUUGUGCGCAUCAUAAUUACGAAUGGUUUAUUACGAAACCUAUUGGCAGAUUAGGCGGACCUGGUCUCGUCCCUGUGGGCUUUGUCACCAUUAUAGAUAUUGAUACGGGUUAUGCAACAGGCUGUGAUGUUAAGGAUGAUAUCGAUUCCGUAAAUUUACCUACAGUGCAAGAGUGGAAGAGCAACAUUGCCAAAUACAAAGCUAGCAACAUCUCAUUAGGAUCUGUUGAUCAUAACAAUAGCCACUCAAAUGGCAACCAGUCAGGGCCCAUGUAUUUUGCUCCACAGAGCUUUGAAGCCUUAGUUGUUACAUAUGCAGCGGUGGAUUCUUUCACCUUAGAGGGUGAAAAGUACUGGUUUCACGUUAUAUGCGAUUUAGAGGAUGGUAGAAGGCACUCUUUGAAACGUUACUAUGAAGAUUUUUAUGAUUUACAAGUGCAGCUACUGGAUUCAUUCCCAGAAGAAGCAGGGAAACUGAGAGAUAGCAGCGGCCAAUGGACAAAACGUAUCAUGCCUUACAUUCCAGGUCCUGUUCCUUACGUAACGAAUUCUAUUACCAAAAAGAGGAAGGAUGACUUAAACAUAUACGUUAAAGAAUUGAUUGCUCUACCACCCCGUAUAUCACAAGCUAAUUUAGUGAAAUCGCUCUUCGCAAUCAGAAAUAAUGGGUUUGAUAGGGAGGUUCCUCGGGAAGUACCACAGACUAGCAAUUCAAACAACAAAGAUACAGAACGUCUGGUUGAAAGCACAUUACAGACACCAAAACUGAAAAACGUACAGCAGGAUGAAUCUACCCUAACAGCUUCUGACACUAAAAUACAUGACAAAAUGGAAAGCCUAACAUUAAAUGAUGAACAUAGUUCUGUGAGACCCACCAGUAGUUCAGUUACUUCACCAGUGUCCCCCUCCAAGCCCACAAAAGUGAAGUUCUAUUAUAAAGAUGAUAUAUUUGCUUUGUUACUACCCUCUAGCAUCACAUUUGCAGAGCUUCACCAGAAAAUCGCACCAAGAAUUGAUACAGAGGCUUUCCAUAUGUACAUUAAAGUGGGUGAAGAAAUGGGUGCUGAAAUAACGUCAAAUGAGCAAGUUAGUGACCUCAUUAGGGAAAAGCUAAAGAUUACUGUUCUGGAUGCUGUAUAA